CUAAAUUAUCAUGGCUCAAAUGAACCGCCCAACUCUUGUGGAAGUCACAUACAAGAACAUGAGAUUUCUUAUUACACACAAUCCAACCAAUUCGACCUUAAACAAAUUCACAGAGGAACUUAAGAAGUAUGGUGUUACCACAAUAGUAAGAGUAUGCGAAGCAACUUAUGACACUACUCUUGUGGAGAAAGAAGGCAUCCAUGUUCUUGAUUGGCCUUUCGAUGAUGGUGCACCACCAUCCAACCAGAUAGUUGAUGAUUGGUUAAAUCUUGUAAAAAUUAAGUUUCGUGAAGAACCUGGUUGUUGUAUUGCUGUACAUAGUGUUGCAGGCCUUGGAAGAGCUCCAGCUGUUGCCCUAGCAUUAAUCGAAAGUGAUAAACAUGAAGAUGCAGUACAGUUCAUAAGCCAAAAGCGGCGUGGAGCUUUUAACAGCAAGCAACUUCUGUAUUUGGAGAAGUAUCGUCCUAAAAUGCGGCUGUGCUUCAAAGACUCCGGUGGUCGUAGAAACAACUGUUGCAUUCAAUAAAACGGGUGCCUGAUGCCAUUGCCUUGCAAGUGGAACUUGAGGUAGGACCUAAUUUGUCAUAUAUAUUAGCCAACAUGUUGGCUUGGUGAAUAAGUCUAAUGAAGCUUCCAAAAGAGGGUUGAAAAGCAGUUUUAUCGG